AUAUAUAUAUUAUAUACUUUCUUUUUUAGAAGAUUAGAAAUAUAUUUUCUAAUUAUAGUAAAGUCUAAUAUAAGAAGUAUGAUAAAUUUUAAGAGGAAAAAUUUACGAGGUUUCUAAAUAUGAAGAUUUCUAAUUUCUAAAUACUUUUGUUAAACGAUAAAAUUACAUUUACCAAUCGUCAAACAAAAAGUUACGAAAGAUAUUAUAAGGAAUAUACAUGAUCUAAUGAUUUUUUAAAGAUUUGUUGAAUAUUUCGGAUAAAUUUCUAAAUGACGAAAUACGUAAGAGCGAUAAUCGAUGCGUGCGGAUGCUUCCGGUUUCACCGCGUAGCACUUUUUGCAAAUACAUACAAAAUAAGACGAGCGAACGUAACGCGAUCGAACGACUAGGUUGUGCACAGGGAAAGUUUUAAGGCAUUGUACCGACGCAUAGACUGUAGUAUAUAAGGCAGAGUUUAGAAAACGAAGCGGUUCAGUCGGUGGUGGUUCACGUUAAAAGACGUGCGAAAUCGAGAAUGAAUUUGAAGCUGGCAAUUGUCUUAGCGACGUUAGUCGUAUCGGCAAUAUGUACCGAGGAAAAAGGGAAAAAAGUGUCAAUAGAGUCUAAAGAAUCGGAGCCAUCGGAAGAUUUAACGAGAGCCGAAAAGAAGACAGAAAAACGUGGCCUGGUGCAUAGCUACGGUGACCUUGGUGGUGGAGGUGGUGGCGAUGGAGGUGGUGGUGGAUCCUAUGAUCAGCACGAGCAGGUGAAAACAGUAACGGUGGUGAAGAAAGUACCGGUACCUUACGAAGUAACGAAGCAUGUGCCUUAUGUGGUUGAGAAACACGUGCCUUACGAGGUGAAGGUCGGUGUACCACAGCCCUAUACCGUUGAGAAACAUGUCCCUUAUCCAGUGAAAGUCUUUGUUAAGGUACCAGUACAUGUACCUCAGCCAUAUACCGUCGAGAAAAAGGUUCCAUACGAAGUGAAGGUACCAGUGGAUAAGCCCUACGAAGUGAAGGUUUAUGUACCACAGCCUUAUACCGUAGAAAAACAUAUUCCAGUACCUGUCAAGAUACCAGUACCACAGCCCUAUACCGUUGAAAAACAUGUACCUUUCCCGGUAAAAGUAAAGAUACCGGUACCACAGCCCUAUCCGGUUGAAAAGCCAGUCCCAUACGAAGUCAAAGUACCUGUUGAUAAGCCUUAUCCAGUUCCAGUACCUAAACCUUAUCCAGUACACGUUGAAAAACCUUAUCCUGUACCUGUUGAAAAGCCUGUGCCCUAUGAAGUUAAAGUGCCUGUUGAUAAACCGUAUCCUGUUACCGUUGAAAAACCUUAUCCUGUACCAGUCAAAGUACCAGUACCUCAACCUUAUCCUGUUAAUAAACCUGUACCUGUACCUGUCGAGAAACCUGUACCUUAUCCAGUCAAAGUUCCGGUUGACAAACCGUAUGUCGUUGAAAAGGAGGUACCUUAUCCCGUCGAAAAGGAAGUACCUUAUCCCGUUAAAGUUCCAGUUCCUGUACCUGUUCAUGUUAAAGAGGAAUCAGGGGGAGGAUAUGAUGGUUCAGAAGGUUAUCAAGGUCAUUCGGGAGGUUAUGGUAAUUACGAUUACUCCUCUCAUCAUGGCUGAACUUCAUUUUCAUUAUUCUCCUUAACUUUACUAUCCACAUUUCCUCAAAGAAUUAUAUCUAAGAAUUACUUCGAAAACAAAAACAAAAGAAAAAAAAAAGAAAAAAAAAGAAAAAAGAAAAAAACUAGAGAAUUCAAUAUGGAUUCAAUGUUCCAAAGAAAAUCACUCAAUCCAUCGAAUAAUAAAGGGACAAAAUACUUACUAUGAAGUAUGCUUUAUAUAUGAAAUAAAUGAAUAUAAUAUCUAAUGAAACCAACAUAGAGAAAGAUUAGAGAGGCUUGAAUAUAUUUUGUAUAUCGAACAUUUUAAUAAAUAUUUUAUCUACGUUGAUGUCUUCAUGUUAUUUUUUAUAUUUGAUACUUCCCUUCAGCGAAGAUUAUGAUAUAAAUUAUAUAAUAAUAAUAGUAAUAAUAAUAAUAAUAAUAAUAACAACAAUAGUAGUAAUAUUAAUAAUAAAAAAAAUGAUGGAACUUCCGGCACAAAGAUAAAUCGAACUUUCGAGUUGGAGUUGAAAAGAUGUUUCAAGACAGACGAGUGGAGCCGAAGAAAGUAUCACUUUCUCCUCUAUCGAAAAAAUAGCAACAGCAUUUAUGCACACAUACACAUAUAAAUGCAAAUACAUAAAUACACGUAUUCGACGAAUCAUACUCGAAUGCUCGUACAUAAUAUAUGCAUCAACUAUAACUAUGAACAAACUGGAACGUAAGAUCGCAUCUCCUCGUCGAUUUCCUUUUGUCGAAACAUGCAAAUCGUUAUAUUUUUAUAAUAUAUGAGUGAAAGUAGAUCGAUGAUUUAUAUGUAUGUAUUUCAUCGCUUGAAAAGUGAUUGUAAGACUUAUUUAGAACGUUUAACACUUCGUACAGACUAGUAACUUUAGUAUCUUUAUGUUUCUAUUCAUAUCUAAUGAUCGUAAUUUGUAACUAUAUAAUUCAUCUUCGGAAUUGUAAAUUCAAUUGAUAAAAAUUGUUCUUUUACGUUUCUAUUCAAAUUUAAUGAUCGUAUUUGUAACUAUAUAAUUCAUCUUUAGAAUUAAAUUUAAUUGAAAUUAACGAGUGAAAUAUUAGUUUGAAAAUCGUUAAGAUAAAUUAUAAAUGUGCCCUAAUACUGACCUAAUGUCUGAUUAUUGCUUGAUAAAUACAAUUUUUAUGGAUCUUUUAUUUGAACUAAGUUUAUAAUAUGAACUGAUAUAAUUAACAACACAUGCAUACAUGUACGACAGUAAUGUGUUAAAAGAAAUAUAUCGUCAAAAAUCAAAAAUUACAAAAUGAAAAGAACGUCAUUAUUUGGUUUAUGUUGAUACUCUAUAGUACAAUAAUAUACACACACACACACACACAUAUGAGCGUUACAUGAUAUUAUAGAGGGUCAAUAAUUGUCAUAAGUAAUAUUUUGACGUAAUAGAAGAUAGAAGAUAGACUUACGAGAAUGAAAGGUAAAAACGAUUCUCGAUUAAGGAAUCGGCUUUCCCGCUAAAUUAUCGAAUUAAUUAAUUUCUUCUUACGUCUUGUAACUCGUCGUUGGAAAACGAUGUAUUUUUUCAAAACGGCAUCCAUUAGUAGCAGAAGCGAAUGAACUCUUUCGUGAAAGUAAAAAAAAUCGCGACGAUUCCACCAUGCGUGAAUUAUGGCCGUGUGCGAACUCUUUCCUAGCUCGUUCUCGGUAUAUCGUUCGCUUCCGCUUUUCUACAUCGAGUCUCUGUAAUAACUAGGAAGAAACUUUCUCGUUUAAGUUUUAUCCUUUGAAUUUUAUUUAUAUAAAUAGAUAUUAUCACAAAACUAUCUAUUAACUAAUGUCUAUCUAUUAAGCUAAUAAUAUUAAUAAUAAUAUCAGCUAUUAAUAUAAAAUAUUUAAUAUAUCAUAGCAGAUGUAGUUAUUAUAAUAUAAUCAACAUAUGUAGCUAAUACUAUUGACGUUAAUACGUCACAUGUGUGCAUUUAAGAGUUGUUUAACUUUUAGUUAAUGACUCCAAAAAAAGAAUAAUUCAAUGUGUUUCCGACAUGAGUAUAGUAAAGUCAAUGACUCGAUCCAUAGUGAAAGCAAGCUAGUAAUGGCAUGUUCAAAAUUGUCCAGAUCGUUUUGCGCCUCUUGAACGUUGUCGCAAUAAAAGACAGAUAACGGUCUUAAUUGCGAUCGUAAACGACAUUGCUCGCUUUAACUCUCCCUUUUCUAAUCGUCUCGAAUCACGCUUGUUUCCCAACUAAGACGUUUCUGUUCGAUAUUCUUAUUAAGAAAUCAAUAAUAGAUGAUUUUAGCUUUCGCUUGGUUAAAAAGAUCAAACUUUUAGUAGUUUGACUGAUAAGGGACGCAUUGAAAGAAAGAAAAAGAUAGAUAGAUCUGAGAGAUAAUAAGAGAGAGGGGAGAGAGAGAGGGGAAGAGGAAGAGGAAGAGAAAGAAAGAUGAAGAGGGUGGUGAGAAGCUUAACGUCCUUAUCCAAGUCGAUAAAUGGUGGUGGUGUCAGUGGCGUGAAGCGAAGGCAAUUAUCGUAGCGAAAGUUGAACGCAAUGGAGAGGAGGUCGGGCAAGGAUGGAUUCGGGUCGGGGUAACGGCGUUGCUGCUCCAGGAUCGGGUGUGAGGUUGAGUGUUUGGCGUCUGAUAUGACAGGGUUAGCUCCCUAGGGAUUCUCAGAGACUCAAAUGGGACUAUCCUCCCUGCUUUCCCCCCUUCUCUCCUCGUCGCAGUUAAUUACAGAGUCCUUCUACCAGAGAGUUCGACCUUCUCCAUUUCCUUCCUUCCGUCUAUGCUAGUUAUAAGAGAGAGAGAGAGAGAUAAAUAGAUAUAAGGAAGCUUUUCUUUGAUCAUCUAUUCUUCUUCGUCUUCUCCUCUUCUAAGUUUCAUUUUUAAAGAUACAAAAUGAAAGUUUUAAUUAACAUUCAAAGUCGAAAUAUCUUUAUACUAUCUAUUAUCUUUAUCGAUUCAUCAUUUUAACAUGAAAUUCUUAUAAACUCUAAUUCAUAUUUGACUAUAUUUUCUGUAAAAUUUCUCACGUGUAUAUACUUCGCAUGACGGUCGAUUCAUUUCUGACAGUAAUACCAGACUAGAAGUUUAGUGCGCAUGACACGUUUUCAACAGAGAAUGACAGAGAGUUACAGGAGAUAUGUACGUAUUUUAAGAGAGUCUACCACGAUGAAUGGCCGGUGAGAGAGGGAUUCCCCCGUGGGAAACCGAGCGAGCGAAUCGUACUGGGAUUGAACGCUCGAAAUGGAAUAAUAUCCAAUAAUCCGGGAGCCAAGGGAUAAAAAGGGAGGACGUUUUAUCGGGACAUCGCAGCGGCGUACCGAGCGUUCACUAUGCUUCCACCCAUUUUCGUCGAGCUCUCUCACUUUACUCGUCUUCUCUACCUUCCUCCUACCUCACAACCCAUUCUAUCUAUCUAUAUCUCUCUCUCUCUCUCUCUCGCUCACUUUAGUUCCCUUGUCUCUUGCAAACCGAGCAAAAUUAAUUAUUGAUUUCGGAUACGCGCAUUCACAGCAGGCGCUUUUAAUCGAAACCAAACCACCCAUCGCGACAGCAUAACUAUACCUACCUACCUACCUACCUACCUAUCUAUCUAUCUACCUACCUACCUACCUACCUACCUACCUACCUACCUACCCUACCUCUUCUCUUUCAUGCGAAUCCAUCUCUCCAAAUUUCACUGGGAUAUAUCGGAUAUCGGUUUUUGCUCAAAACUUUUCUCCGUGAUAAAACUCUACUCGUCAAUAUCAUUCUCAAAUUUAAUAUAAUAUUGAAACAUUUCUUUUUUUUUUUUUUUAUGAAUAACUAAGAUCUUUCUUCUUCGUUUGAGAAUAAUAUUCUUAUGAAGAUUUGCAUUUGAGAAAACAAAUGUUUCAGAUUGACACUCGUUGAUGUUGAAUAUUAAGCGUUUAUUAUUUUAUUAAAGAUAUAGGAUACUGGAGACAAAAUUAGGAUGGUAUUAUUCGUUUAUGGAUACUGAUGGUCUAAGGACAGGAGUAGUACUGCUAUCGGAUC